CAGCCGCUCACUUCCCUCCCUCCACGCGUCCCGAAGACCGCGAAUCUGCCACUCAGCGCCCCCUGCAGCCGCCACCGCCGAAGCACGAGCGCCUCUCCUCUCCUCUCCUUCCGAUUUCUCUCCAAUGUUCACAGGUCGGCCGGAGCCCGUCGUCUUCCCCGGCUCCAUUUCCACGGGAUUUUUACCACUCGUAGCCGCCCCAGAUCAGGACCGGACCGCGCUCAAGGUAAAGGCGAAGCUCUCAGGGGGAAAAUGUCAAGUGAGAGGCAGCGCUCAGACGACGAAAGUCCAAGUACGAGCAGCGGGAGCUCAGAUGCUGAUCAAAGAGAUCCGCCAGCACCAGAACCAGAGGAGCACGAGGAGAGAAAACAGCCCACCGCCGCUCAGCAGCAAAAGAAAAACACCAAAUUAUCCAGUAAAACGACAGCAAAACUGUCUACCAGCGCUAAACGAAUUCAGAAGGAGCUCGCUGAAAUUACUCUCGAUCCUCCUCCAAACUGCAGCGCCGGGCCGAAAGGUGACAACAUUUACGAAUGGAGGUCAACCAUCCUGGGCCCUCCAGGUUCUGUCUAUGAAGGAGGAGUUUUCUUUUUGGACAUCACAUUUUCAUCGGAUUAUCCUUUUAAACCACCAAAGGUUACUUUCCGCACUAGGAUUUAUCACUGCAAUAUCAACAGUCAGGGCGUUAUCUGCCUGGAUAUUCUGAAAGAUAACUGGAGUCCUGCUCUGACCAUCUCUAAGGUUCUAUUGUCUAUUUGCUCACUCCUGACAGACUGUAAUCCUGCGGACCCUCUUGUCGGGAGCAUAGCCACUCAGUAUUUGACCAACAGAGCAGAGCAUGACAGGAUAGCCAGACAGUGGACCAAGAGAUACGCCACAUAAAUAAAAUGCCCUCUUGUGCAGUGUGAAGAACCAGGAGGCGACUUUACAAUGUGCAACAAAUCUUUAUAGCCUUUACAAUACGGACUUCUGUGUAUAUGUUAUACUGAUUCUACUCUCGGCUUUUAUCCUUUGAAGACUGGACGAAGAUUCAAAGACGGUAAACGUGACUGGAGUAGAAUUUUGUAGCUGUAGAUUUAGUAAUGUUUAAAUACCUACUUGCAAGUCUUGCUUCUUUGGGAUAUCAAAAUGUAUUUUGUGAUGUAAUAAGGAAAAUGUUCCUAAAGUCAACCAAAUAUUAUGGUGCAUUUUAGCCUAAUCCAUUAUCUGUAUGAAGUUAAAUAAAAUAGCUGUAGAUUAUUAGGAAUUAUGUCAUUUAUAUUAAACCCAGAUCCAUUUCCAGUUAUGUGGUACAUGCUGUUGUGAACUCUGUUUUACCUUUGUCAAUUUGUAAUGAAGAGAUUUCAUCUAACCCUUUUGUAGCUCAAUGAGAGAGGAAGAAAGAGAAAAAGCAAACAUGUUGAGCAACCACUGUAACAUCCCAAAACACAAUAAACUUGUUCCCCAGGGUGACGUGUCGUUCCUGCUCCCUGCCGUCUUAGGACACGACAGGGCAAAAAACGAAGACGAGGAGGACACAAAAGGAAGGAAGGACGGCGGACGGGAGAGAAACCCGAGAAUUCUGCGUUUAUAAGGUGAGGUCAGGAGGAGCAGCGGCCUGACAGAGAAGCACAAGUGCCGCCGCCCCGCCGCUGGUGGUCUCCUGAGGCCGCAGGUCAACGUCUUAUUUUAGUCUUUUUUUUUUUGUUUGUUUUGUUGGUUUUUUUUUUGUUAUUUUUAACAGCUGUGGAUAAUUGAUACAAGUGUACAUGAUGAUAUCUCUUUUAAUGUUAAGGAGAAUAUUGUACAUUACUUUGGAGCUUGCAAUAAUCAGAUCUACUUUUACAGUUAAUAACAACAUUUAAAAAUAAAUGAUAUGUAAUGAAAAAAAUGAAAUGGUUUUCACAGUGGUUUACAUUAAAAUACCUUUGAACACAGUU